GCGCCCGUUUUCUGAGCGUCAGUUGGAAGAGAAGUUGCGCAGCAAACAUCUCCAAUGCCUCCUCAGUACGCACCGAGUCUGCGCUCCCGUCUGGCACCCUUGCUGCUUCUCCUGCAGACAGGUUUUAUCAUCAUAUUUGCGUUUUACGUUGAAAUUGAAAGAAAGGGAAAAGCGGAUGCCUUCAUCAACUUUUACGCAGAGUUCCAGGAUGUGAAUGUGAUAGUGAUUCUAGGUUUUGGCUUUUUGGGCACUUUUUUAGUGCGGCAUGGUUUCAGUGGCUCCGGGUUUAACCUGCUUGUGGCUGCCAUGGCCACCCAGUGGGCCCUCAUACUGAAUGACAUCGAGUCCUUGUACUACAGAGGAAAGAUGAGGAUCGAUCUGAGAAGUUUGAUAGUUGCUGAGAUGCGCACGGCAUCUGCCCUCAUUUCAACUGGAGCUGUGCUGGGGAAGGCCAAUCCAGUCCACCUCAUCCUUAUUGGACUGCUGGAGGUGUCAGGCUUCAUCUUAAAUGAAAAGCUUCUGCAGUUUUUCCUGAAAGUCCGGCCUCUGGAAAGCAUCAUGAUGCUUCACAUCUUUGGGUCCCUGUUUGGACUCAUGCUAACAGGGGUCCUUUACCGUAAAGGCUCAGAGCACCCAUUUGAAAAGGAGCGAUUUGAUAAAAAAUCAGGAUUAUUCUCCAUGUUAGGGACUGCUUUUCUCUGGAUGUUUUGGCCCACUUUUAACUCCGUCCUCGUGGAUGAUCAUACUCCUGGGAGGAAGCUGGGGGCUGUGUGCGGCACCUACCUGGCCCUGGCUGUUAGUGCUGUGACAGCAGCUGCUCUGUCUGUGCUCUCCAACCCCCAAGGAAAACUCAACCUGGUCCAUCUGCAGUCGUGCAUCCUCUCUGGUGGCGUCGCCGUUGGCAUCUCUGUGUCAGCAGUUCAGCAUCCUUGGGAAGCUAUGACAAUCGGAUUCGCUGCUGCUGUUGUAUCAACCAUUGGAUUCCACUAUCUUAAGAUCCACAUGCUGUUGGCAUUCCAGUGCCACGACACGCGUGCUAUUCUGAGCAGUCAUGGACUUCCGGGUCUACUGGGAUGGGUUGCACAUCUCAUCCUGCAGAUCAAAGACUCCACUAAUCCCGUGAUAGCGAUCCGGUUUGCUUUAUUUCACAUCUGUGCUCUCCUCAUCACUAUCGCUCUAAGCGUGACGCUGGGAAUCCUUACAGGGCUCCUCGUUAAGCUGAAGUUUUGGAGAGCGCCCCAGGACAAGAAAUGCUUCGACGAUCAGGCCUUCUGGGAGUUUCCCCGUCUUGCAGAGCGCAAGUAAGAAGAUGGCAGAAGACGACGACCCCUGCAUCUAAUUUUUUAAACCAAUCGUGAUGGGAUUUAUUCGCGUGUGCAACAAAAAGAGAAGGAUAAAUAAAUCCAGAGUGAGGAGCGUCAGACUCGGUUACUGCUCAGUAUGUUUUUAUUGCCGUGGCCGUGAGAAGCUGACCUGAUGCUGAAGGUGUUUCAAUACAAACGCACAGCAGUGACAGCUGUUAGCUUCAGCUCAGCUCUGUGGGCUAAUUCAAUAAUAAAUCUGCAUCACAGCUGAUAUAGUGUUAUUUCUGGAAAAGUACAAACAACCCACCACAAUUACAUUCAAUAAACAUGUAUGUGUACACAUCUAUGAAA